AUGGUUGUGGGCCUGAUUUUGCGAGCGGGCGUCGUCUAUGCUGUGGUAAUGGUCACCAAAAACUACGGCGUGUGGGAAUCGCCAGACAAGACGCAGGAUGUGUACGAUGAAACCGUGGAGCGCAUCGAACCCUACGCCGAUCGGGCGAGACGUCAACUGAACAUCUGCCCGCCUAGGCCGCCACCGCAAGGAGAAUGGUCCUUCUUUGGCAUUCAUUACUACAAUCAGUUAGUUAAAUCGGUUUUCGACGUACUCAGCGUUUUUCCCGCGGGACUGGCUGCGUUUUUGGAAAAAGUACCAAGCUUUGUCAAUGCUUUUAACGAAACCAUUCAAAAGUACAUUAAGGAGAGCCAGUCAAAGAAGAAGGAAAUAAAGAUAUCCAAGGGACAGCUGGAUGAAACUCCUCUGGUCAGACCACCAGGACUAGUGCCACCGCAUUGCAAGGACAAGAACUGCCCAAAGGCACCUCUGAUUCCACCAGAAUGCGAACGGAACAGGGACAGCUUUAUCUACGAGCCGCGAUUGCCCAAGAAGCCACCGUGCGAAUGUUCCAAGUGCAAGCAACGUCAGGCGGAAAAUUGGAUGGACAACAAACGCAAGUGCCCCAGACUACCCAGCAAUGGGAACCACCAGUCAGAAUCCCGCUCGGAGCCCAUCAAAUCCUGCAAAGAGUGCCGAAAAACACCUCGAGACACCGCCACCUAGAAAUCCUUAAAUCCAUUGACCAAAUUUUUUGUACCGUAACCUAGACAAUAUAAAUUUGGUUACUUUCUUGUAA